AUUUAUCUCCGUACGUAUGUAUGUCCGUGAGUAAUACGCGAAUAAAAGAUGAAAUUAAAGUUUAAUUUCAUGGAUUUUGACUUGUUCGAGGUGGCCAGAAAUAAUUGUUUUUCCUUACUAAACAUCGCCCUGGAUAACUUGACGAUUUAUAACUUUGAAAUUAACAGUUUCGACCCCAAGGGUUAUACUUUGCUGCAUUAUGCCGCUGAAUACGGUAACCUCGAAACAGUCGAGAAACUCCUGGCACUCAAAGCGUUUCCAGACAUCUUAAAUUCAAAGAGGCAAACCCCGCUCCAUCUGGCUUGUCUCAAUAACCAUACGGGCAUCGUAAAAUUGCUUUUGCAACAUAACGCGAACGUAAACGCCAAAGAUGCCAUAGGUGAAACUCCUGCCAUUAUGGCAACAAAUCUGGAACUGUUUCGAACACUCGUGAAAAAUGGCGCGGAUAUUUUCCAAAAGAGUAAACUGAAGAAAACUGCACUACAUGCGGCAUGUGAAAAAGGCUUAAAAGCAUUCGUGGAGCAUUUAAUAUCCGCAGGAUCGGAUGUUAAUGCUGUCACAGUUGAGGGGGAGAGUCCUUUAAUGCUUGCUAUAAAAAAUGCCCAUUUGGAUGUGGUAAAAUACCUUUUGAAGUGUGAAUCAGUUAAUUACCAUCAGGUAGAUUAUGAUGGGCAGAAUUUAAUUCAUUUUGCGGUUCAGCAGGACACCAAGGAAGAAAUUCUUAAGGAACUUCUGACUCUUGACCUCAACAUCAACCAACGAGACCCAGACGGCUUAUCACCCUUACACAUUGCUUCGAGCAAUAAUAACACAAAAAUGAUUAAACUUCUUAUUCAGAAUGGUGCAGAUAUCCAUAUAAAAGAUCAUGAUGGUUAUACAGCUCUUCACAUAGCUGCUGAUCAUGAAGUCAAUGCUGAAGCUGUGGAAACCUUAGUGGAACUUGGAGCAGACGUGAAUGCUAAAACUUGCCAUGGAGAUCUCCCGUUUCAUCGGGCAUGUGCAAGCGGAAGUGAGAAGGGAAUUAUGGUGUUGUUUAGUAAGGGAGUGCUUCAGGUUAGAAACAAAUAUGGGUAUACCCCCCUAAUGGUUGCUGAGGAGUGCAGUAGGGUUAAUGUGAGGAGUUUGUUGAAGAGUUUGGAGGGUGGUAGGAAGAAGCGAGUUAGUUUUAGUAGAUGAGGGAAUGACGAUGAAAUUAUACUUAUACAAUGUUAAGUUUUUCCAGGGAUUUCUGUUUCGUGUUUUUUUUUUAAUUUAAAAUACAAAAGGAUGUUUUGGAUUUCUUAAAAUUAAGCCAACAAAGGAAGGAAAACAGGGACCAUUUAAUACAUGAAACCUCAUAAAAAAUGCAACGUGAAAUGCAGGUCCAAAGCAACGAGACGAAUUUUAAAACGAAUUCCCCGCGUUGCAUUUUAUGGGCCUAAUUUAAAAAUCCAGGCCGACAUAAAAAUGCCGAGGGUAAAGAAGUGUUUUUUAAAACUGCCCCAAUUUUAACUGUAAUCCCCUAUAAAAUCUUAUUAAAUUCAAAAAAAUAAACUCUAUAUAUGGGGAGCGUGUAAAAAUCACCCGAUAUUCCAGUCGAAUAAGCUUUCCAGACUGGAUAUUGGCCAGUAAAUUGAAUUUGCCCAGUCCAAGGUUGAGGAGGUGCAUCAUAUAUGGAUAAAGCCGAGCCAUAUGGAUUUUAUUUCGUAUUAGUUCACUGAGUCGUUUACUGUUCAUGGUCAAACCGGGGUCUGGAUGGAUGCUUACCUGGAAGUUUAUUUUUCAAUUUUUUUCUGGAUUUAAAUGUAAUCAGUUGAGUUAGCAUUAAACUUAAUUAGAUUUUAAGGGCUUCAUUGUUAAGGGUAAUUAUGCAGGGUAUUAUGAUAGAGCUAAUUGAGCGUAUGCCUAAUUAGUUAAUAAUGUGUAAUUAUUGGGAGAUGAUACUAGAUAGGGUAAAUGGCGUAAGAGUUUCAUAAAAUGUUAAUGUUUUAUAUAGAUUUGAAUAGAAAAUGUAUAGAGUUUUGUAUUAUAUUAAAAUAUAGUUAAUAAA